CAACGACUACAAUCGCUAAUCUAAAUAUCUCCUUGUACAUGCUUAGUAUGUCCAUUUUUCCAUUGUGGUGGUCAUCGUUCAGUGAGAGGCUGGGUCGACGGACAAUAUAUCUCAUCUCCUUCAGCCUUUUUGUCGUUUUCAACGUCCUCUCUGCCGUUUCUCAUUCCAUCGCGAUGUUGAUUGUGAUGCGGAUGUUGAGUGGCGGUGCAUCUGCAUCGGUUCAGGCAGUCGGUGCUGGAACCAUCGCAGAUAUAUGGGACACCAAAGAAAGAGGUCGUGCCAUGGGUAUCUUCUACAUGGGUCCGAUGUGUGGUCCUUUGAUAGCCCCCAUCGUCGGCGGUGCUUUGGCCCAGCGCUGGGGUUGGAGAAGCACCAUGUGGUUCCUCACCUGUUUCGGCGCAAUGACCGUUCUGUUCAUCUUCCUCGCGCUCCCUGAAACGCUAUCGAAACCGAAAACUUCUGUUGCAGAGACGGGUGACGACCAAUCUGAGCCAAUCGGACGUCGGUUGAGUCGAGUCUCUUCCCGGCAAGUUGUCCAAUUCACUACGAGAUGGCUCAAGGUCCUGAAGAUGGUUUUCUUGGACCCCCUGAAGAUCGUGUUGUAUCUGAAAUAUCCUGCGGUUCUCUUGACCGUCUAUUAUGCGAGUAUCACUUUCGGUUCUCUCUAUGUGUUGAAUGUAAGCGUUGAACAUACCUUUGGGCAGAGCCCUUAUAACUUUUCCACCAUCAUUGUUGGAUUGCUCUACAUCCCCAACUCGCUAGGCUAUGUCGUGGCCAGUGGUUUUGGGGGCAAAUGGAUGGAUAACAUCAUGCAACGGGAGGCCAAAAAGGCGAAUCGAUACGAUGCAAAUGGCAAUUUGAUAUAUCGACCCGAAGAUCGUAUGCGCGAAAAUGCUUGGCUGGGAGCUGUUCUUUAUCCUGCAGGGCUGAUCUGGUAUGGCUGGACGGCCGACAAAGGAGUCUUUUGGCUUGUUCCGAUGAUUGCCAACUUCUUUUUUGGCAUAGGCUCUAUGCUCAUCUUCAGCAUGGCGACUACGAUGUUGACGGAAUUCAUGCCGAAGAAGUCUUCUGCAGGGGUUGCACUUAACAACUUUAUGCGAAACAUCUUGGCCUGUGUUGGCUCUUUGGUGACAGCUCCGCUCAUUGAUGCCAUAGGCAACGGCUGGCUUCUUACUAUUGUUGGUCUGCUUGGCUUUGCGAGCAGCUCAGUCCUCUUUGUCAUGAAGGUCUAUGGCCCUCGAUGGAGACAGAAGAUGGAUAGAGAGUUGUCAUGACGGAUUUGCUUUUUGGAUUAUAUUCCGGUGUCAUGGUCUGCGCGGACCUUUAAUAUCUCGGGUUUAUGCGGAUUAGUAGGUCUAUUUUUACCCAUCAUGGUCACACAGCGCUCAAUCCUGGCGAGGUACUGCGAUGGACUGUAAUGAAUCUUGUGAUGAGUCUUUUCUUGAUGUGGCAUGUUGUUAGUAUUCUGUCUUUGACGAGCAUACUGUAUCUUAGGCCCUUUUGCAUACUGUCAUUGUUUCUGGGGUUGGAAGAGGUCUGGAUGAAAGAGAAGAUCCAAGAUUAUGCUUGAAGAUACCCAAGGCCAAAAAGUGAAGUUAUUUUUAGCGAUAAUCGAGAUCGAUCUGACGAU